UACGCAGGGACUUCCGGCGGCCGCGCCUGUGGGGGUGGGUUGAAGCAGCCCCUUGGUCUGUGGGUUCCUCCUCGAGUUUGGGCUGAUUGGCGUGGUGUGCCGAGGAGGCGCGGACCUGACGGCUUGGAGGCAUUCUUAUUGACUGAACAAGACAGUCAAGGUUCCUUGCCUUCAUGGAGCUUACAGUCUAGUGGGGUGACACAACAUAAACAAAUAAAUAAGAUAAUUCAUAUGGGUGAUUUCUUCUGAGCUCAUGCAGAAGUGGUCUCACAUCUGAAACAUGGCUACGGAUUGGCUGGGCAGUAUUGUGUCCAUCAACUGUGGAGAUAGCUUGGGUGUCUAUCAGGGAAGAGUGUCAGCAGUUGAUCAGGUCAGCCAGACCAUUUCUCUCACCCGGCCUUUCCACAAUGGAGUGAAGUGCCUUGUGCCAGAAGUCACCUUCAGGGCAGGUGACAUUAUGGAGUUAAAAAUUCUGGAGAUACCAGGUCCUGGAGAAAACCAACAUUUUGGAGACCUUCAUCAGACAGAAUUAGGCCCUUCUGGUAUUGGGUACCAAGUGGGUAUCAAUCAGAAUGGCACAGGCAGGUUGGUCAAGAAGCCAACCUCUUCCAGCAGUGCCCCUCAAAACAUCCCUAAGAGGACAGAUGUGAAGAGCCAGGAUGCUGCCGUUUCCCCGCAGCAGCAGCAGUGUUCCAAGAGCUAUGUGGACAGGCACGUGGAGCCUUUGAGUCAGUCCAAAAGUUUCCGUCGUCGGCACAACUCUUGGUCAUCUAGUAGCAGGCACCCAAAUCAGGCAACUCCAAAGAAAAGUGGUUUAAAGAAUGGCCAAAUGAAGAAUAAAGAUGACGAGUGCUUUGGGGAUGAUAUUGAAGAGAUCCCAGACACAGAUUUUGAUUUUGAAGGGAACCUAGCCCUAUUUGACAAGGCAGCUGUGUUUGAGGAGAUUGAUACAUAUGAGAGGAGAAGUGGUACCCGUUCCAGGGGUAUCCCAAAUGAAAGGCCUACUCGGUACCGCCAUGAUGAGAACAUCCUGGAGUCAGAGCCCAUAGUCUACCGACGGAUCACAGUGCCCCACAAUGUGAGCAAGGAGUUCUGCACAGACUCUGGCUUGGUUGUCCCAAGUGUUUCCUAUGAGCUACAUAAAAAGCUGUUGUCUGUGGCUGAAAAGCAUGGGUUGACUCUGGAGCGGAGACUGGAGAUGACAGGCGUGUGCGCCAGUCAGAUGGCACUGACUCUACUUGGAGGACCCAACAGGUUGAAUCCCAAAAAUGUUCACCAGAGGCCUACAGUAGCUUUGCUAUGUGGGCCGCAUGUGAAGGGGGCUCAGGGUAUCAGCUGUGGAAGGCACCUAGCCAACCAUGAUGUCCAGGUGAUCCUCUUCCUGCCCAACUUUGUCAAGAUGCUCGAGUCCAUCACCAAUGAGUUGUCUCUCUUCAGCAAGACCCAAGGCCAACAAGUGUCUAGUCUCAAAGAUCUGCCCACUAGUCCCGUGGACCUGGUGAUCAACUGUCUGGAUUGUCCUGAGAACGCCUUCUUGCGGGAUCAGCCCUGGUACAAGGCAGCUGUGGCUUGGGCCAACCAGAACCGGGCACCAGUACUCAGCAUAGAUCCUCCAGUGCAUGAAGUCGAACAGGGCAUUGAUGCCAAGUGGUCACUGGCUCUGGGCCUGCCUCUCCCACUAGGAGAGCAUGCGGGACGCGUCUAUUUGUGCGACAUUGGCAUUCCCCAGCAGGUAUUCCAGGAGGUGGGGAUCAACUACCACUCACCCUUUGGCUGCAAGUUUGUAAUCCCACUACACUCUGCCUAGAGGGACUCUGGACAGGCUGGACCCAGUAGUCCCCUGCUGCUCCUGACAUUGAACUAGACAACGAAUGCCUUAAGAGGAUGUGAAGCUUCAUGGACCUUAUUGUUAAAAUUUUCUCUUUUGGGUUUGUUUCUUCUGUGAGAGGACAGAUCAUAUAUAUUUUUUCUUUUGAGAAUAUGUAUUUAAAGCUGACCUGUCACCUGCCCUUCGCCAGGAAAGGCUUUCCCACUGGGUGUGUGAGUCAGGUGGCAGGCUGAGUGUGCAAUGGCUCCAGGCAUUUCUACACUCGGUCCCCUGCAUGGCCAGGUCGGGCUUUGUUUACAGACCGUAGGCAGCUUACAAACUGUUUCAGGUUUACAGCCACUGGGCCUGGAAGAACGUCUUGCAGGGUUGGGUAGGUCCUGUUUGGGGGCCUGUACUUCCUCUAUUUCAGAGCUGGUGGCUUUGUCUCCUCUCUGAUCAUGUACAGCUGACUGCACUGCAGCUAUCCACUAAAGGACAGAGUUGCACUCCCCAUUCGUUUUGAGCGCUGUGAGGCCUCCCCUAAACCCCACCACAAGUAGAUUUGAGGGCUUUUUACCCUUUCUCCUUAGCUGAUCAAGUUUUAUGCUGGGAUUUUCCCCCAAGGGUCCUUCCUCCUUUCUAAACCACUCUUGAGAGGCAAGGAAAAGGGUGGCAUCAUCGCAGGUAAUAUAAGGUUAUGUUACUGUAGAACCACAAUGCCCAUCUUGCCAGCAUUGCUCCUUAACCCCGUACCCUCUCUAGCUGUGGGGGGAGGGGAGGGGGAGCAUCUGCUUAGUCUGAGGCAAGGCCCCUGGUGCUGAGCCAGUAGAGGCUCCCUGGUGCUUCUGUCCUAGGCCACUCUUUGCCAGCAUAUACAUAGCCCUGUUUUUCCCCCCCUGUAGCUAUCAUCCAAGAGCAGGGCACAUGUCCCUCCCUUGUUGGAACCCUUUUUGGUUGUCCUGUCUGAAUAGGCUUGGGACCAGAGCCUUAUCUCAGAGAUGCCAAAAUGAGGCCAGUUCUGGGUAAGCUAGCUAAUGGGGCUCAGCCAUAGAAACACACUGUUGCUCAGAUCCUAAGGCACUAAGCCCCUACCAAGCAUAUCAAACUCACGGCUGGCUUAAAUAAGGCAUGAGGCCUGCCGGCCUUGAGUUUGACGUUUGCCCUACCUUCGCAGGCCUAGGCCCUGAGGGCUGAUAGAAGCCAUGCCCUGGAGUUCCUGGCAGCAGUCCUUGCAAAAGACUUGUGCUUUAAUGCCUUUCUCAGGGCUUCAGACUGCCUUAUGUUUUGUGCCUACCCAGUCUGAUUAAAGGGGUGAGUGGGAAAGCUCACCAAGGAUCAUGGACACCGGUAGGCAGGCACUGGUUUCAGGCUGCUUAUCACUUUCCUAUAGGAGCAUAGCCAGGAACAAAUGAGGCAGGGCAGAGAGGGCUGGUCCCUCUUCCUCCCAUCCUUCCACAAAUGUUCAAUUGUUUCCAGCAGCGGGAGGACAGACUGUCAGCCCUGUGCUGUGUAUCUUCCCUUGGCCUCUGCUCACUCUCAGGACCAAGCAGCUCCCAAGAUUGGGCCCCCUUUUUAGUCACAGGGCCAUAAUCUGUGCUGGAUUACAGGCAUUUUAGUAAGCAAUCACUAAGCAGUUCUGGCUGCCUAUUACUGUGGUUAGGUCCCUUGACUGGGUACAGUGGAAAAUGAGCUAGGACAACCCUGGCCCCAAAGAGCUUGCUCUGGUAAAUUGCUGUGGCCUAGGGGGGAUGGCCUUGAGGGGCCACUGGGAAUUUAUGCUCAAGCCUCUUUUUUCUCCCCCGGUGGCACUGCCCUCAGCUGGGCAUUUCCCAGUCAGAGGCAUCCUGCCCACAGUGCCCAGUCCCCAAGGGGCCCCAAUCAGGUAGUCAAGAUUCAUUCAAGUAGUUCUUGGGGGACCAAAAACCAGCACUAAAAUAAAGCUGAAUGACACAG